AAUUGCUGCAUGCAUCAACAACAAACACCAAAGCUUCGCGGCGACCAACUUUGCUGUUCUCGCACUGCACUCGGCGCAUAGGCCAUCCUACCAGCAAAACUUUAUUAAGCUGUACAUUAAUAGAACGCUAUUGUAUAGGCCCGGGUCGGGCUCUGCCUGCCCCGCGCAUCUGACGGCACUUGCCAGCCUGUCUGAAGACCAGCUUGCCUAGCAGUCCAGGAGAGGAUGGAGAAGCACCAUUUGCUCCGCCGUGACCCGAACUGGCAUCCAAAUGGUUGCAACCUUUGCGGGCAGCUGGGCCACCAAGCCGCCAACUGCCCCAACGGCACCAUCAACUGGCGCCAGAUCUACGGCGAUGACGCCUUCAUCAUGCGCCAGCCCAUCUUCUACUCCGACAUAGCGGCGCGGCUAAAGUACAAGGAGGAGGGCAUGCGGGACCUGGAGGCGCGCGCCAGGGAGUACGCCAAGAAACGCGCGGAGGAGCAAGGGCUAAGCUGGGACGAGAUGAUGGCCAAGGCGGAGGAGCUGCGGAACAAGGACCCCGCGGAGACCAUACCCAAGGCUAUGGCGCCGGCAGGUGGCGAGGAGGCGCCGCUGCCGGCGGGCUGGGCUGUGGCCACGGACGCGAGCGGGCGCAGCUACUUCUGGCACAAGAAGACGCAGAAGGUGCAGUGGGAGCGACCCACAGAGGACACGCCCAUCAACUGAGGAGGGGCGGGAGUGUGGAGGCGGCAGGCCGUGGGGGUGUGGUCAGCGAUGCGGAGGUAGGGGCGGCAGGAGUAUGCGGAGGAGGAGCUGCCGAGGGAGGGGAGGGAAGGGUGGGCGCGACCCCCGUGCGAAGGAGGCUGGGUGGGCGGGAAAGAGGGCGUGUCGCGGGCUGGCAGAGGAGUCGGCGUGUGGGUAACGUGCGGCUGUUAAGCUUGGCUGACCUGCUGAGGCAAAGCCACCAGUGGGCUCGUUGUCGGCACCAGGGCGAGGCUGUGGCUAUGGGCCGACGUGCGCAGCCGGCUGGCGGCGCAGAGCCACCAGUGGGACGCAGCCAUGGCGGGGUGCUGGUGCGGGGCUCGACAAGCGGGUUCCAAAGGGCUCGGCCGCCGACUGUGCAUUCUGGAGGCGACCGGUGGACUGAUGGGGGCCACAUACAUGGCUCGCUUGUUUGCUUUUCUCGGACGCGGCAUUGUAAGCGUGAGCUGUGUCAACGGUGAUCGUAACUGUGUCAGGCCGUACGCUGACGAUUCGCCGGUGGGGGCUGGCACUGGCUGGAUACCUGUUGAGCCGUCGGCAGUACCCCAGCGGUGUAACGGCACCACUUCAAAGGCACCAAAGGUGAUGGUGUGCGUGCGACCCACCGACCAAUCCUCUCGCCUCGCCGACCUGUUCCUGUGGCCGGCAUGUUGCCUAGCUUCGACACGCCUACGCAGCUGUGCGGAGGGUCGGAAGCCGGGCAAGGGUGUGCCGGGCAAGGGCGCGGUUCCCUUGCGCAACAACGGUGAUACGACGGUCCCA